AUGGCUGAACCUUCAAGAAUGUCGAGAAUUUGGAAGCACAUCAAAGAAAUCUUCACCACGGGUGAAGGUCACUACAUCAACGAACAUGGAGAGACCGUUUAUGGCAAGCUUCCUAGGACGAAGGUCGAAAAUCCUAUUAGGACUGUUUGUCGACCAACGGCCAUGAACUAUCUCUUUUUCUUUGUUGGUUGGAUGGCGUGGACUAUGGAUGGAUAUGAUUUCCAUACAGUCUCACUCUCGCUCUCCAGGUUGGCAGUAUAUUACGAUCAACACAGAGAGCAUAUAGCAACGUCGAUCACAUUGACUCUACUAUUCCGUUCUGUGGGUGCUGCGAUCUUUGGAAUUGCUGGUGAUCUCUACGGGCGUAAAUGGCCGAUGAUCAUCAACUUGGUUAUUAUUGCUGCCUUACAGCUGGCCACCGCGUUCUGUGGGACAUUCUCAGAGUUCUUGGGGGUCCGUGCCCUCUUUGGUAUUGGGAUGGGUGGUAUCUGGGGUCUUGCAGCCUCUAUGGGUCUUGAAAAUAUGCCCAUGGAAGCCAGAGGGCUUUUCUCAGGAAUCUUGCAGCAAGGUUAUGCGCUUGGUUACUUGAUUGCGGCAGUCUUCAACCUAUACAUCGUCCCCGGCUCCCCACACAGCUGGAAAGUGCUGUUCUACAUUGGCGCUGGUCUUACGAUGGCCGUAGCCAUUGCCCGUGUCUUCUUCCCUGAAUCUAGACAGUUCAUUGAAGCAAAGGCGAACCGUGAAGGGCCGCAGGGAAAACAGAAGGUUAAGCUCUUCCUGGCGGAUGGAAAAAAGAUCAUGAGGGAAUACUGGAAGAGAGCUCUUUAUGCUAUUGUCAUGAUGGCACUAUUCAACUGCAUGUCUCACACUUCGCAGGAUAUGUACCCAACCUACAUGCAGCAGACCAAGGGAUUCUCACCUGAGAUGUCAUCUAAGGCAACCAUCAUUGGUAAAACCGGUGCUCUCGUUGGUGGAACUAUCUGCGGUUACUACUCUCAAUUCCUCGGUCGCCGUUUUACCAUUAUGAUCGCCACCUUCGCCGGAGCUUGCCUAAUCCCCCUCUGGGUCCUCCCCAACGACUGGCGCCUCCUCACUCUAGGCGCCUUCCUUAUCCAAUUCAUGGUUCAGGGCGCCUGGGGUGUCGUCCCUAUCCAUCUCCAGGAGCUUGCGCCCCCACAGUUCCGUUCGUCCUUCCCCGGUAUCGCCUAUCAGCUAGGGAAUAUGAUUGCUGCGCCUGCCGCUCAGGUUGCGUCUGCCAUCUCCGAGAAGUUGAUCAUCUACAUCCACGGCGAGGAGCGCCCUGACUACGGCAGCACCCAGGCGGCUAUGAUGUCGGUCAUCUUCGUGCUCUUGUUUAUCUGGAUUGCAUGCGGGACUGAGCAGCGCGGAAGUCACUUCGAGCUUGCUGCAGCUGCGGGUGAAGACCAGGGUCAGAGUGACAAGUUGAGGGCGGCGGAGGAGGUGGAGAUGGCGGAGAAGGCGGGAGGGGCGGGACAUGUGGAGACUGUCUCCGACCUAGAUGAUGCCGGAAGAACUAAGAUCUAG